AUGGCGCCAGGUGAGGGAGGCUACCGCCAAAUCAACAAGGCUCUGAACAUAUGUGCCUUUGAAGAAUACUUGGAAAGCCAGCAGAAAACCCUACCAAUAUUGCCUGAUGUCGAGCAGAUUAGCCCUCGAGUACUUCGUGUCCUCGGCCAGAACCCCGGCAAGGGGACAAACACAUUCAUUGUCGGAACGGGCUCAGAACGCCUUUUGAUUGAUACAGGCCAAGGCAUUCCAGAUUGGGCAGAUCUUAUUCAUGACACUCUCGCUCGCCACGAAAUUUCACUCUCCCAUGUGCUUCUCACUCACUGGCAUGGAGACCACACAGGUGGUGUCCCUGAUUUGAUUCGCAUGUAUCCACAUCUUGCUUCAGCGAUCUACAAGCACACGCCGAGCAAAACACAACAGCGGAUUGUGAACGGCCAGCUCUUUGUGGUUGAAGGCGCCACCGUGCGUGCACUGCACACUCCAGGCCACUCCAGCGACCAUAUGUGCUUCAUUCUCGAGGAAGAACAGGCUAUGUUUACAGGAGAUAAUAUACUUGGACAUGGUACAUCAGCCGUGGAGCAUCUCAAAACUUGGAUGGACACUCUCUACAAUAUGCAGUCCCAGAACUGUGUCAAAGGCUAUCCUGCUCAUGGAAUUGUCAUUACCAACUUGCGGCAUAAAAUCAAGGGCGAGUUGGCUCAAAAGCUGCAGCGCGAACGACAUGUCUUAAAAUCAUUGGUUCAGGCCAAGCAUGAAGAGAGACUCCGGCAAGACCGAGGCAACGGCAGUGUGACGGUCAAACAGCUUGUGACCACCAUGUAUGGGGAUGGGGUGGGGGCAGAGGUCAGGGAAUUGGCGCUGGAACCAUUCAUUGAUGAGGUCCUACGGAAACUGGCUGAGGAUGGCGCUGUCGCGUUUGAGAUUCGGGCGGGAGUGAAAAAGUGGUUUGCCCUCGGGACAGUCUGA